UUCCGAACGCUCACACGUCUUGGCGGCACACAUUUACUGGCCCGGCUGCGUACCGUACCUUUCUUCGGCAAUUGAGGAGCAAAGUCUUCGAGCAUGGAGGCUGUUGUGACCGACACUUUCUUGCCGCGUGACCCGCGGACGAUGGGCUGGCUGCUGGUCGGCAACAAGCAGUUUUUGAUCACGCUACUUCUCGGCUACGUCUAUUUGGUCAAAAUAGGUGGCCCACAAUUCAUGAAGGGUCGCAGGCCUUUCGACAAUUUGAAGCCAGUGAUCAUGAUUUACAACCUGUCCAUGGUGAUCCUCAACGCGUACUUCGUGUACAACUUCCUGAAACGCUCCUACUUCGGCGGCGGCUACAGCAUCAUUUGCCAGGGCAUCGACUACAAGGCCCGCGACCAAACUACCAUUGAGUUUCUGGAACUGUGCUUCUGGUACCUGUGGGUGCGCAUCGCCGAUUUUUUCGACACCAUCUUUUUUGUGCUUCGCAAAAAGGACUCGCACGUGUCGUUCCUGCAUGUGGUGCACCACAUUCUCGUUGUGUUCAAUGGCUGGUUCGGACUCGCGUACGGGCCCGAUGGACAGGUAGCCCUCGGUCUGACACUCAACAGCUUCGUGCACGUGGUGAUGUACUCCUACUAUUUCCUGUCGCUCUUGGGACCCUCGGUCAGGCCCUACCUGUGGUGGAAGCGCUACCUUACCCAGUUCCAGCUGGUGCAGUUCAUCAUCAUGUUCAUUCACUGUACCAUCCCCGCCUUCAAGGACUGUGGCUACCCUAUGACCCACAUGAUGAUUACUAUUCCUCAAGCCUUGUUCUUCUUCGGCAUGUUCAUUCGCUUCUACGUGCAGGCGUACAAGCAGCAUGCUAACUAACGACAAGCGUCAGUAGGUUGGCGAUAACCAGGCAAGUACAGACUGCUUCGAUCGUCGCUGCUCGGUACCGGUUUUCCUCUCAGGCGGCAACUCUUCAAACAUGCCGCUUGCAGAAUUGCCGCCCAAAAGAUCUCUGUCGCACUGGCCGAUGCAGUGACUGACAACAUUUCGCCUUUCGGAUGUCGCACGUAUCCCUGACGCCACUUGGGUUGCAAGUCUAAGCAGCGGGAGGACGCUAAUUCAUAGGUGCCACGUGUCGCUGUGCCAGGAUGUGCAUCGCUACGUGUCUGAAACUUGCUGGUUUCUCUUUCUCUCCAAGAUGACAUGCGGCAGAAGGACUAAGAAAGCGACUGUGAAGUGCUUCUGUAUAGGAAUGUACUGUGCCACUGCUUGAAGCUAUGUACAGUCUGACAAAUGCAAUUUAAUGCAAAUUUAGCAGUUUAUUCCAAACGCAUCUCGUGUAAAUAAACUCUCAUUCCGCCCCUAUUGGGCUUCUUUUAA